UCCGAGAGAGAGGGAAAAAAGCUUCCCAUUCCCAGCAAAAAUGCUGACUCUCCAAACCUCUCCUCUCUUCUUCCAAUCUCUUCCACCACCCAAAACCCUCCCAAAACCCUACACCUCCCAAAAUCCUAGCCCCAAAUGCCUCCCCGGAACUCUCCUCCGCCUCUCCGGAAGAAGCUCCGCCGUCCACUCCUUCAGCUCCGACGAGUUCCCCGUCGACGAGACCUUCCUCGACUCCUUCGGCCCCAAAGAGAAGGAGUCCGAGGAAGAAGCCCGCCGACGCAACUGGAUCGAGCUGGGCUGGGCUCCCUGGGAGGAAAUCCUCUCGCCGGAGGCCGAUUUCGCCCGGAAAUCCCUCAACGAGGGCGAGGAAGUCGCUCUUCAGACCCCCGAAGCCAUCGAGGCUUUCAGGAUGUUGAGCCCCAUGUACCGAAAGCAGAAGAUGGAGGCAAUGGGCUUGACCGAGGAUGAUUAUUACGCCAAGCAGUUUGACAUCAAGGGAGAAAUUCCCGAGCCGUUGAACACCAUUUGGGCCGGGCCGCUGGUGGUCCGACACGUGCCGCCCCGGGACUGGCCUCCCCGGGGGUGGGAGGUGGACAGGAAGGAGUUGGAAUUUAUUAGGGAGGCGCAUUUGUUGCAGGCGGUGACAGUUGAUCUGGAGCAGGUGGAGAAGGAGGCAAGGACUGACACCGAGGAUUUGUCCUUGGAUAGGUAUAAGGUGUUCCUGAAACAGUAUAACGAGUGGGUCACCGCAAAUAAGGAUAGACUGGAAGAGGAGUCUUAUAAGUAUGAUCAGGAUUACUAUCCUGGUAGGAGGAAAAGAGGCAAGGACUACAAAGAAGGCAUGUACGAGCUCCCAUUUUAUUAUCCUGGACAAAUUUGUUCAGGUAAAGUGACCACUUUACACCUUUAUCAAGGAGCAUUUGUUGACAUUGGAGGUGUCUAUGAUGGGUGGGUCCCCAUAAAACGGAAUGAUUGGUACUGGAUCCGCCAUCAUAUAAAAGUUGGUAUGCAUGUCAUUGUUGAAAUUCUGGCAAAACGUGACCCAUACCGGUUCCGCUUUCCUAUUGAGAUGCGCUUUGUUGAUCCUAACAUAGAUCACCUGAUCUUUAACAAAUUUGAAUUCCCGCCAAUAUUUCAUCAUGAUGAGGAUACUAAUCCAGAUGAAAUACGUCGUGACUGUGGAAGACCUCCUAUUCCAAGGAAAGAUCCAGGAAUCAAAGUGGAAGAGGAACCUCUGUUGUCAAAUCACCCAUACGUUGACAAGUUAUGGCAGAUCCAUGUUGCUGAACAAAUGAUUCUGGAUGAUAUGGAAAAUAAUCCUGAUAAAUAUAAAGAUAAAAAAUUGUCAGAGUUGACUGAUGAUGAUGAUUUUGAUGAAGAAAACAGUGUUGAAUAUACCCAAGCUUACUAUAAGAAAACUUUACUGCCAAAAGUUAUUCUGAAACAAAGUGUCAAAGAACUUGACUUGGAAGCUGCACUUGCUGAGAGAGAGCACCAUAACAAGCUAAGGAAAGAAGCAAAAGAAAGAGGAGAGAAAUAUAAAGUUACCAAAUUGAGACGAAAUAUUGAAAUGGAUGAAUAUGACUUUAUCCAUUGGCAUCGGUCAUUCGAGGAAAGAGAAGCUCUACUCCGAGAUAUCAGCUGCCGCCAAGCACUGGGCCUUCCAUUGGAAGAACCUGGAAGGUACAAGGAUGCCAGUUUUUUUGGGAAAGACCAAUACGAUCCUUCGAGCCCAUUGUAUCGAUACGACUACUGGGGGGAACCCAAAAACUCAGAGAAGAGUAGGCAAGAGAGAAUGACGGAUGCCCACAAUAAGUCUAUUGUUGGCAAAGGCACAGUUUGGUAUGAAAUGUCAUAUGAAGAUGCCAUCAAUCAACAGAUGGAAAGGGAAGCCCAGCUGAAGGGAGCGGUUCUGAGAGAAGCUGAUGCUAAAGAUUAUGAAGAAAGAGAACAUGGUGAUGAUGAGGAUGAAGACGACGACGACGAUGAGGACUUUGAUUAUAGCAUUCUAGCUGACCCAAAUAUGGAUUUUUCAGAUCAACCUCUUGUUAAUGGGACUGAGUCCUCCAGAAUGUCUGAUGAAGGUAUGUUUGAGGAUUAGGGACAUGAUAGCUGUAACUGUUUUUGUCUGUACAGUUGUACACAGAGCAAAAGAGAGGACACUUGAAAGUAGGCAAUCCCAUUUUUGUUCGAGCAAACAUCUAUCUAUUAUUAGUCUGAAUUUUAGUCUUCUUGUAGUGUAUUAUUAUUGCUUAGUAAAUGAAAAUUAGGAAAUGAUCUAUUCUUUUGA